ACUGGGAACUCACGGGAAGAGCACGGAGGAGCCACCCUGGAUCUGACGGAGACCACCCAAAAGGAAGGCAGCUCUGCAGAAAUGCCUCCUCAGCUGCACAACGGCCUGGACUUCUCAGCCAAAGUCGUCCAGGGCAACCUGGACAGCCUGCCCCAGGCGGUGAGGGAAUUCGUGGAGAGCAGCGCCAAGCUGUGCCAGCCGGAGCACAUCCACAUCUGCGAUGGCUCCGAGGAGGAGAACGGACGGCUGCUGGGCCGCAUGCAGGAGGAGGGCAUCAUCAGGAAGCUGAGCAAAUACGACAACUGCUGGUUGGCUCUCACUGACCCCAGGGAUGUGGCCAGGAUUGAAAGCAAGACAGUUAUCAUUACCCAAGAGCAAAGAGACACGGUGCCCAUCCCCAAAACCGGCCUCAGCCAGCUGGGUCGCUGGAUGUCAGAAGAGGACUUUGAGAAAGCCUUCAAUGCCAGGUUCCCAGGGUGCAUGAAAGGUCGGACCAUGUACGUCAUUCCAUUCAGCAUGGGGCCCCUGGGCUCCCCGCUGGCCAAGAUCGGCAUCCAGCUGACGGACUCGCCCUACGUGGUGGCCAGCAUGCGGAUCAUGACGCGGAUGGGCACGCCUGUCCUUGAGGCCCUGGGCGACGGGGAGUUCAUCAAGUGUCUCCAUUCCGUGGGGUGUCCCCUGCCUCUCAAAAAGCCUCUGGUCAACAACUGGGCCUGCAACCCAGAGCUGACGCUCAUCGCCCACCUGCCGGACCGCAGAGAGAUCGUCUCCUUCGGAAGUGGGUACGGCGGGAACUCGCUGCUGGGGAAGAAGUGCUUUGCUCUCAGGAUAGCCAGCCGGCUGGCCAAGGAGGAAGGCUGGCUGGCAGAGCACAUGCUGAUCUUGGGCAUAACCAACCCUGCGGGUGAGAAGAAGUACCUGGCGGCAGCUUUCCCCAGCGCCUGUGGGAAGACCAACCUGGCCAUGAUGAACCCCUCCCUCCCGGGGUGGAAGAUAGAGUGUGUGGGCGACGACAUCGCCUGGAUGAAGUUUGACAACCAAGGUAACUUAAGGGCUAUCAACCCAGAAAAUGGUUUUUUUGGUGUUGCUCCUGGCACCUCCGUGAAGACAAACCCCAAUGCCAUCAAGACCAUCCAGAAGAACACCAUCUUCACCAACGUGGCCGAGACCAGUGACGGGGGCGUUUACUGGGAAGGCAUUGAUGAGCCGCUGGCCGCGGGAGUCACCAUCACCUCCUGGAAGAACAAGCAGUGGAGCCCGCAGGAUGGGGAACCUUGUGCCCAUCCCAACUCAAGGUUCUGCACUCCUGCCGGGCAGUGCCCCAUCAUCGACGCUGCCUGGGAGUCUCCGGAAGGCGUGCCCAUCGAGGGCAUCAUUUUUGGAGGCCGCAGACCUGCAGGUGUCCCUCUGGUCUACGAAGCCCUCAGCUGGCAGCAUGGUGUGCUCGUGGGCGCUGCCAUGCGAUCAGAGGCCACAGCGGCAGCAGAGCACAAAGGCAAAAUAAUCAUGCACGACCCUUUUGCCAUGAGGCCCUUUUUUGGCUACAACUUUGGCAAAUACCUGGCUCACUGGCUGAGCAUGGCCCAGCGCCCAGCAGCCAAGUUGCCCAAGAUCUUCCACGUUAACUGGUUCCGGAAAAACAAGGAAGGCAAGUUCCUCUGGCCAGGCUUUGGGGAGAACUCCAGGGUGCUCGAGUGGAUGUUCAACCGGAUCAAUGGGGAAGACAGCGCCCAGCUCACACCCAUUGGCUACAUCCCGAAGAAGGAUGCCCUGAACCUGCAAGGCCUGGGGGACAUCGACCUGGAGGAGCUCUUCGACAUCUCCAAGGAGUUCUGGGAGAAGGAAGUGGAAGACAUCGAGAGAUACUUGGAAGACCAAGUCAAUGCUGACCUCCCCUACGAAAUCAUCAGACAGGUCCUUGCACUAAAACAAAGAAUAAGCCAGAUGUAAUCAGAAGCUAAAGGCUUUAGCUUUACAAUCAUCCCUUUCCAUUCCAUAGGAUGCACUCAGAGCAAGAGAAAGUGAGUCUUCCCAAAUCGGCACCAGCAACAGCACAAUGAGCACACUGUUGAGCAGAUCAGAAAGGCACAUGUAAUUGUUCAGAUGAAAAACACAGAGACAAGGCUAGGAAUCAGGGAGAUUGGGGGAGAAAUCUUAGCAAGUCUCCAAAAAUUGCAUCCAAUGCAUGUUUUGUUCAACUUUAAGGUCAUCUGGGCAUCUAGUUGUUAAGUUUUUCCACGUUAGCUAUACCAGUUAGCUGGAAUGCACAGAAGAAAACAC